GGAGAGGUCUGAUAAAACUAACAUUAUACAUUUACGUGGGCAUUCUUGUUUAUCGUUUUGCUGGUUGAAAAAUGAACGUCAAAGUUUCUUCUUGAGUUACAGUGUCCGUACAUAAUACAGAUAGGCAUAAGACAGCCGAGCAAGAGUCAGCACACGUGACGUAGAUGCUGCCAGGAGCAGGAGUGACUGUCUGGUUAGCGCUUCCAGCACUGCUGCUAGCUGCCGAGGACCUGGACUCCAGCACCUGCCUCACCCUUGACCCAUUCGACAGCGCGCUGCCCCAGACCACACCCUCGCCCUACACCCUCUCUUGUAGCAAGACUGGGAAGAUCACGAACCAGGGACUCCAUCAUCUUCACCAUCAAGUCCUCGCGACCAAAGGUCGACUUCCGACGGUUCGUUUGUGCAGGCCCUGGACCGCGAGAGCGGUGUGGCCGUGGGCAUGUUCGUGGACACAGGAGGACGCCGACAUCACCGUCGUCAACUGUUUUGGUCGCUCUGAGAACACUGCGAUAGAAUUCGAUACAGAGCCGAAGACAGAAGCGCGCAUGAGAUUGGAUGCCUGACUUUGACUACGCAGGCAACAUCACUUUCUUGGCCACAAUUGUCCAGUCUGGGGAGAUAUUCUGGCUAAGAGAGAAGGGAGAUUCAAUAUCUGUAUACAACCCGUGGUAGUACUAUUACAAAUUGUUGGUGUAUGUUUGUAUAUUUUCUUUACUGUAAAGUCGUACUGUUCACGCUAGGCGAAUUCUGUCAACACACAAUAUACAUGGAAUACAUUUCUUACAGUUAAAUCGUUCUAUAUUUGUAACGAAAUUGUUUUACUUACCAAUUUUUUUAUUGUAAUGCUGGAUAGAAAACAUUGAGAACUGUAUUUACCCAAAAUACCAAACAUAUAUAUUACUGUAUGAGGAAAUAAUAUUAAGUAUAUUACAGUACUAAAUGUUGAAGCAAAAACUGUCUUUUAAUAGUUUGCUGAGGGCUAUAUAAAAGUUGUUUCCAUAAGAUUUAUUUUUCAAUGUCUAAUAAACCAGUUUUCAAUAUGUUAAAAACAUUCUUUUAAACAAAACCCCUAGUUUUUUUGUAUUUUUUGUCACAAAAGAAGUAGAUUUAUGCUUUUAAGAACAGAUAUAAUAAAUACCUUAUUUUUUUGGUUAAGCUUUUUAUACAAGUUGAACAUAUAAUGGGUAGGAACAGGUGUAGGAAAAAAUGAUGAGUAUCAUACGUCUAUAAAACCGUUCAAAAGCAAUUUUAUGAGCAAGAUACAUAAGUUAUGUCAAUUAUAUCAAUUUGCUUGUAGAACAAUGGUUCAUUAAUAGUACAUUUAUUAUAAAUACAAACAUUAUUAGUGUUAUUGGAAUAACACUUUGCACAUAGUAGUAUUUUUUUACAUAAUUGUUUUAAACAGUGAGAAUAUUACUUAAGGACACAAUGGAGUGUUAUAAUGAGGGAAUGAGAUGAAUAAAUGUGGUAUGUAAAUGGCAAGUAGAUCUUGAGUAUCAAUGGAAUUCAUCGAAGGACGAAGAUGUGGGUUCAAAUACAAAGUUCUAUAUUAUAGAAGUUAGUUGUGGACCCUGCAGUCCCUCUGCCGUAGUAUUCGCCCUUAUGUUGCAUAUCGAAUUUGCUGUAGAAAUAUAUACAUAGCAGGAACUUCCUCUAGUACUUUCCAGGAUACAUUACGAAUCAAUACCACUUGUUAAUUCUGUGAUUCAAUAUUAUUAAAAGAAGAUAAUUUUAACAUAAUGUUAAAAAAUACAAUCUUUUAAAUAUACGUGAUUGGUGCCUUGUUAUUAGAGUAUAUUUGUGUGGCAGAGCCUUUAAUGAAAAAUAUGACGGCAUUUUCAGUGAUUUGUAUUAGUUAUUAAUUAUAAACAUUUUAUUUUAAUGAAACAAAGAAUCUAAACUCAAAACCGUUUCCAUACUAAGUAAUACUUUUCAAAAUUAAUUAUUACAUUUAUGUAUUUUGAAAACACUACAUCUUUUCUCCGCUACACUUUCGCUGAAAAAACCGUAGAUUUAUUA